CACAGUUUAAGCAGAACAAGUUGAAUCAACGAGUUCAAAACGUUAAGAUGGCAGUUUGGGACCCAAAGAUUUCCUGGUGCUUCAUGUUACUGCUGGCUGAUGCUGUGAGUGAUAGAGUGAACUAUCCAGGUCCAGUUUGUGCUGUGAAGGGAUCCACUGUCACCAUCCCCUGCACCUUCACACCUCUGAAGUCUGUCUCUGAGGGUGGAAGAGAGGUUUCAGUCCAGAUCAUCAGAGUCGUCUGGUGCCAGAACCAUCUACUUUGUCAGGGCAUCACUCCGACCGUGUACGCCAGCGACUUAAAAUACAACCACAUCAACAACCCUCGUUACAGAUACCUGGGAGACAAGAAGGGAGACUGUUCUUUACAGAUCACAGAUGUACAGGAGGAAGACGAUGCAACUCUUCGCUUCAGAAUGGAAGCUAAUACCAGGUCAGCAGAUUUUACUGGCCAAGCAGGAGUGAAAGUCACCAUGACUGAUGGAACUCAAAUGAAAAUAAAGAAAGCCACAGACAGACCAGAAGCAGUCACACUGAACUGCACCUCAGGGUGCUCCUUCCACCAACUGGAGGUCACCUGGUUGAGAAAUGGCCACGCCCUCAAACACACUGGCCCCUCCCUCUAUCUCGGCACUCCGACUGCACAGGAUUCUGGGAACUACACCUGUGGUUUGAAGAACAACAACCGCACUCUCUCCAAGCCGUUUAGUCUGUAUGUGGAGGCUGAAGAGGAAGAAAUCAAGAGUGUUGACACAAUGCUGGCUGUCCGACUGAUCAUCUUCACUCUGCACUCUGUGCUCAUCAUCACCGUGACAUCCAUCAUCAUCAAAAGGACUUGUGUUUGCAAGCGCAGAGAACUGAAAGACGUGACAGUGCAGCCUCCAGACUUCAUGGAGGAGCUGUGACGUCCAGAGGAAACAGGGCCGGACUGUCUGAUAUUAAUAUCUGUAACAUAUCUGCCCUCAUAUUGAUUAGUGGUCGUUUAAUCCAGCAGGAAUCUCUCUGUAGUUAAAGUGAUUUACAGGACGUUGAACAUAGAUUGAGUCUGUAUGUAUGUGUAUGCAGCUAGAGUCAGAAUAAUGUAUUUAACAGUCAUAAAUGCUUUUUUUGCUUCCGUUGAUAGUUUUAGUUCUUUAAGAUGUUUAUAAUAUUAUAAUAAUAUCUGAUGAAAUGGUGCAGCCAUCAAAACAUGGAGUCUUAGGUUUGAAUAUCGAAAUUAAGUAUCUUUAAAGUUUUCCAACAUGUAAAGAUACUUUCUUACGCCUUUGUAUGACAUAUCUUAUAUCCUUUACACAUCAACAACAUGAAUAAAACAUAAUACUUC